AUGGUGCCGGGCGAGGCGGCGCCGCCGCCCGGCGCGGGGUCGCCGCGGGGCAGCGCGGCGGCCGAGGCGGUCGCCGGCAGGAAGCAGCGCGCCUUCGCCCGGAGGAAGGCCUUCUCGCUGUUCGUUAAAGCAAAGGAGGUGCCGGCCGCAGGCCGGUGUCCCGCCGGCGGAGAGGGCGUGCGGUGGCGGUGCUGCCGGCAGGCGUUUGAAGAGCUCCCCGGCAUUCACAGGCAUGUGGCUCUGCAGCACGCCGGAGACAUCGGGCGGCAGGCGGGGCUGACGACUGACGCCGGGCAGCAGGCAGGGCUGCCUGCAAAGCAGGCAGCUGCUGAAGCGAGCCCCUCGGGCGGCCCGGUGCCGGUGGGCGAUGCGGACGGGCUGAACGGGCGCUCUUGUAGCACUCCUGAGAUCACCUGCAUGCUCCCGGACACAAGCUGUGUUAGCUAUGAUGACCUGACAAGCAAGGUGGGAGAAGUACUUCUGUAUUACUGUUACUGUGAGGUGAAGGAUCCAGAGAAACUUUGUGCUUGGCAAAAGGCUCUGUGCCAGCAUCUGCAUCUCACUGGCAAGGUACGAGUUGCUUCAGAAGGGAUUAACGGGACAGUUGGUGGAAGCAAAGUAGCUACCAGUCUCUACAUUGAAGUUAUGCUUUCCCAGCCUCUGUUCAAAGACAUUUUGUGUCAAGAGGAUUUCAAGAGCAGUGCAGGAGGAGCUCACUGUUUCCCAGACCUUCGAGUUGGAGUAUUCAAAGAAAUUGUACCUAUGGGCAUUGAUCCAAAGAUAGUGUCUUAUAAAGAAACUGGAAUCCAUUUAUCCCCUCAGGAAUUUCAUAGAGAAGUAGAACAGUAUUUGUCUCAGGCCAGUCAAGGACAAAGUGAUACCGUCUUGCUGGACUGUAGGAACUUCUAUGAAAGUAAAAUAGGACAUUUCCAGGGCUGUCUGGCUCCAGAUAUCAGGAAGUUCAGCUAUUUUCCCAGCUACAUAGAUGAAAACCUGGAGCUUUUUAAAGACAAGCGUGUCCUGAUGUACUGCACGGGAGGGAUUCGUUGUGAAAGAGGCUCUGCUUACCUACGGAGCAAGGCAGUGUGCAGAGAGGUUUACCAGCUAAAAGGUGGAAUUCACAAGUACCUGGAAGAGUUUCCAGAUGGAUUCUACAGGGGGAAGCUGUUUGUAUUUGAUGAUCGCUACGCCAUUUGUUCCAAUGAAGAUAUCAUCUCAGCAUGCAGAUACUGUGGGACACUGUGGGACCAGUAUAAACUUUGUUCCAGCCAGCACUGCCGGCAGCUUGUCCUGACAUGUCCAAGUUGUCACAACAAAGGUCUUACAGCUUGCUGUCCUGUUUGUCAAGAGAAAGAACUCAAGGUGACUUCAAGGGCUUCAGGACAGACACUUAAGGAGGAAUGUGAAUGUACAAGGAGACGGCCAAGGGUACCUAUUGAACGUGUCUCGCGAAGAAUGCUGGAUGCAGGAAAAGAUUAAGCUGUUUCAUUAGCUAAUCUGACAGGUGCUAAUGCCAAGGGCUCUAUAACCAGAUCCCUAUCUGCUAUUCAGUUAGGUUUGGGAAUCAUGAAAAUGUGUUGGCUUGGAAAGUCUUGUUCAUACACUGCCUUAAAGCCUAGAGUAUGCCCUGAAAACCAUCCAUUACUUGACUGUGAAUUACCAGACUGCCCAAACCCAUCACCAGCACUCCAGGAUUCCUCUCCCUGGCUACAGUCUUGUAGCAUGGCCUCUGCCGUGGGGAUUUUGAAGCAGAGUAUGUGCGGUGGGACACAGCUGCUCACAAUUUGAAAGAAACUGAAGGGACAUAAGAACAAUUCCAUUCUUUUCCUCCUGCACAGAGAUCGAUCUGUACAGUCUCUCCAUUGAUCACGUAUUUGCUUCAAUAGCUAGUGCUAGGGUGUGAAAACAGCAGAUAGAUCAGUUGCGUGUGGGUACAUGACCAGAUUAGAGCUGAAGAUAUUUUCGACAUACAUGCCAACUGCCUGCAUCUCUUACUUUAUGCCAGUGAGAAGCAAGGGGUAGUUACCUGAAGUCACUGAUUUCUGUGUAAAACUGGCCAAAGGCCAGGCUGAAGUGACCCCUCUUGUAACUGGAGCAAAGGCCCACAGAUACUGUCUGCCCAGACAUACUUGUUGUGUGUGACCUGUAGGAUGAAUGGCAAAAGUAAUCCUUAUUCCAAUGCUCUGUCUCCCCAGGAACUGUUGUUUCCCUCAACUUGUCCAUGAAAUAUCCAGGGCUCAGCUCUGCUUGCACUACAAAAAAACCAACAGCUUGAAGCAUGUUGAAACAGACACACAGAGAGGGGAGCACAGAGACUGUCAAAAUACCAGCAUUAUGGCACUGGAAGUGAUACUGAUGUGUGCAUAAAUGUCAGCAACAGCUAUAAGGGGAUUGCAAAGUCCUUUACCCAAGUUAAAUAAUUCAAGAUUUGGGCAGCAUUUGUGCUUUGUAAACAUGGGUGGAGUUUUUCAAAAGCUGUGAGAUGUUUAUGCAAUUUCCAGCUCCUCUUAGUGGAGAAAUUGUCUUUGAAUUUGAAGGGAUCCACAGCAUAUGAACUCAAAGAACUUCUCCACCUGCUGCUUUCUGUGCCUGAUGCUGCAGAAUGUACAAAAAGGUUUUAUAAAUGGUGUAGAAGAUGUGUCUUGACUGAAAAAUGUCUUUGAAACUUACUCUCAUUCUUGGUACUAAAUAGUAGUUAGUCAUUAGGAAAUCAAAAUACUGGUUUGUUGGGGGUUUUUACUAGCAACUGCUUUUAAAAGCAAGAAAACAGUUUACUCAGGUUUCUGCAGUUGCUUAAUGACAGCUAGGGCAAUGUUAUUUUCAUAUAGAUUGUAACUUUCUCCCACAGUGCUAUGAAUUCAGCAAGGCCUCAUUGUUGGCUUGACUAGCAACUUAAGGCCAUGGGUAUUGGUUCCAUUAAAGCCACGGCAAACAUUUCUUCUUACUUCCAGUAUUGCUACCAUGAAAUCAAGGGUUCAUCAACUGUCUUUAUGACUGUUCCUUUCAUGAAGCAAAACUUGGGAGCUUAUGAAUGUCUCCUUUGGGAAGCUUUCUAGGAUGGUAUUUAAUAGUCAAUCUGUGCACAGUCUGUACUGGAGAAGAAAUUGGAAAAUUCCUAUCAGUAGACAUCUUCAGCAGAAGUCUAAGCAGUACCCAUGGUCCCCUGGCAUCUUGCCUCCCAAGCUUUGCUGGCCAGUUAACCUCUGUGCUUUUGAGGACUGGAAUAUUUCUGGAAAAACAUGCAAGCUCUACUUGCAGGCCUGGUCUAGAGCACUGACAGGAGCGCCCCAACUUGCAUAUUAUGCUCUUUUCUUCAUGUAUUAGGCUAAAAAGAACACAAUUUUAUAAUUCAGUCUAUCAGCAAGUCUGGAACACUGUAAUCUAUUUGGAAGGCUGUUUCUGUAUCACUUGCCAGUACAGAAUGGCAACAAUUAUAUUUUAUAUGUAAACUUCUGAAACUCCUAUGAUGAUAAAUAACCUUUAGUGUUUCCAUUGUAAUUUUUAAAAAGUACUGCAUAAAUACACUUCACCUGUUAUAUUGGAGGUGCUUAAUUCUGCAGAGGUAAAUGCUGAAACCUCGCUAGCUGUCUGCCAUGUGGUAUACCUGGCUACAAGGUACAAUUGUCCUGAGAGCUCCUGGCAGCUGGACAUUCUACAUCAAAGGCAGAGGGGAGCCAUGGGGCUUCUUUUGGUCCUUGCUGCACUAAGGCAAGGGAGGAGAAGGGUUUGAGAUGUACAGGGGGAGGCCCAUAAAGCCAGGUUCCCUCUGCUGCAGAGAGGAGGUUGAGAGACAUCUUUAACCUCUCUCUUGCAUGUUAGCCCACGAGCAGCUUCUGUAUCCUGGCUUCUGGAUUAGUUUCAUCAGAUUAAUACAAAUAAGGACUUGCCACGUGAAAUGCUGUGUGGUGGGAUCCAGGCACCUCAGUGAUAAUGCUUGAGAGAAGGCAAGUUAGCUCCAGGAGAGGUGAGAGUUAAGCAGGAUUGGCUGUGACUGCCAGAUGCUGCAGUGAGCAGAUGGCUUUUUCUUCUUUUCCUGGAGAGCUGCUGGGACAAACAGUGAUCCAUUUGCUCCUAAAUAUCACCAUUUUGUAUCAUCUCCAUUGCUGCACAGCUUGAUGUCUUUCACCACAAGGCCUGAUGCCUCUCGGCACAGCCUGCCGCUGCUCGACAGCUCUCGCAUGCAUCUUUCAGUAAAGCAGCUCUAUAUAUAAGGAUCAACUGAGGACCAUGGAGUGAUCCUGCCAGCUUAAUACACCUUUGGGCUGCAUUGUUAAUUUGGAUGCUGCUACAGUGAAACACAGGACAAGGUUCUUCCGUUUUUGGUUUUUUUUCUUUCAGGAAAAAAUGUUGUUGUAGUAUCCAUGGUAAUGCUCCCUGCUCUGCAGAUGCAUCUCCUUGUGUGUCUGGGUUUCUUAGUACCAUCAGGAUUUCCCAGGAUAAGAUGCAUUUAUGUUCUUCUGAAGCCAAUGGAAGAGCUGAGCCCAUACCAUGCAAAUCUGAGUGGAUGGCUCAGCUGAAACUGUGUGUCUGUGGUUUGAUGAUUUAGUUGACCAUUUUGAAGUCUUUGCAGUGCAUAUGGAAGAAGGAGGCUGGCUGCCAGGGGUUUUGGGGGGUUUUUUUUUAGUAUGUUUUCAAGUAUUUUUCUUCUGUAUUCUUUUCAUUUUCUGAUAUGAAACUUGCUGGGGGGUGGGGGGGGAGAAGCUAUAGUGAAGCAUUUUGUUUGACACCAGUGGCGCAUUUUAUUAAGUUUUGAAGAGCAACAAAUAUGUUUCCCACAUUGCUGAAAGUACAGUGUUUCUCUGCUUCAUCGGCCAGAGCUAAAUCAUGGGUGGUAUUUGCGCAUAAGCUCUGAAGAAUUCUGUGGGACUUUUGCUGGAAUAUGUGUAAAAGGCUGCAAAACUUCACUCUUAACAGACAUGUACAGACAGAUUUCUAGCAAGUAACAACGUUUUCUAGGACAUGUCAUCAGACCAAGAAUAAGGCUUCAGUAUAGCAAUGCUUCCGCUGGGAGACUCUUCUUACGGAGCAGGCUCCCACCCACGUUAAUAGCAGGAGUUUUGAAUGGGAUAAUGCUGGGUUCAAUCCACUGCAUGUCUGGGAGCUACGCAAGCCUAUGGGGAAUUCCUCCCAGGCUAGAUGAUGGGUGGUCGACUGACAAAAAGCUGUCGGACUGUACGCAGUGUAAGUUCAGGAUUGGGUUACUUCACUGAACAGCUUUUCUAUGGCACAGCAUUUAUUGUUGCAUUUAUGCAGACAUUGGGGAUGGCAGUAAAAGAAACAAUCCCUAGCAGAACAAAAUUUAAUUAAUGGACAUGGUCAUCUAGACAAAACAGCAAA